AUGAAUUUGAUCACCUUUGCUUCGAGAACUUUUCUGUAUUGUGUGGUUUUAAGAGUUGCAUUAUCCUCCACGUUUUCCAUACAAAAGGAAACUCAAUAUGACUUUAAUAAUCUCAAACACAAAACUCUUCAUCACAAUAAUGAAACAGAUAAUGAUGAUAAGCGAAACAAUGACAAAUAUUUACACAAAAACGUCGAUGAAAUCUGGGGGCAAAAUGAGAUUCCCACAUUAAAACACAAUAGUGUCAAAAUUAAGAAUGGCACGAGUAACAACAAUACAGAGGCUUUGGAUUACGCCGAUGAAUUGUUUUCGUAUCAUCGACUUUUAUCAGAGUCUAGUAACCGGAUAUUGCAAACGUAUGAAAGUGAUUCAAAAAGGAAGGAAUUGGUUAAUAGAAAUGGAAAAAUUCCAACUGAUAUUGUAAAGAAACUUGGUGAUGCAGUGAUAGAUCUAUCGUUAGAAGAUCAGGACAAGGUCAUUUACAUACCUGUUUAUGAACAAGAAAAUCCUGGAAACUACAAUAGUGUGCCAAAUCAGAAGAAAAUCAAGCAAAAUAACGAAAAUCAAUAUAAGAAAGCAGAAAUUGGGAAGAAAAUAGUAGGGUUUAUUGGUGUAGUUCUUGUUGGAAAAAAUAAAGACAAAAACAGUGCAUCUGGAGGAAAACACAUGCCUCCAACCGAAAAUAUGAAGAGUGUUCAUCAGCAACAUCAAAUCCCUUUUCCAAAUAAUUAUCAGCAUUUAUCUCUAGGACUUGCAAAUAAUCAUAAUGGCCACAUGAAGAGUGUUCAUCAGCAACAUCAAACCCCUUCUCCAAAUAAUUAUCAGCAUUCAUCUCCAGGACUUACAAAUAAUUAUAAUGGCCAUGUGAAGAGUGUUCAUCAGCAACAUCAAACCCCUUCUCCAAAUAAUUAUCAGCAUUCAUCUCCAGGACUUAGAAAUAAUCAUAAUGGCCAGAUGAAGAGUGUUCCUCAACAACAUCAAACCCCUUCUCCAAAUAGUUAUCAGCAUUCAUCUCUAGGACUUACCAAUAAUCAUAAUGGCCAUCGAAAUUCAGUCAAUGAUGUUAAAAAUACUUGGAACAUACCAAUUUCCGAAGAUCAAGGUUGGAAGAUUUCGCUUGUAACUCCAAACUCUCAUGGUAUAACUACAUCACAUGGGCUUACAGCGAAGGAUCAAGUUAUUUGGGGAUCAAGACACCAAGAAUCGAGUAAAAAGGGCUUAAGAAAUUUGGUACCUGGACAAAAUGUACAAUUAAACCAAAAAAAGAAUAUGGAUAACAUUAUGAAUACGAAUUUCAACAGUAAACUAAAUGUUCCAAAUAAUAGACCUAUUCCUGAAAAUCCAUUAUUUCCAAAUCGCAUGAGAGGUAAUCGAAUGAGAGGCAAAUCAUUGAAUAGCCCAAGUAUGGGACAUGGGAUGACCACUAAUAAUAAAAAGCAAUAUCAAACUCAUAAACCUCAAAUAAAUUCCCAAAAUUUUGAUAAAAAUAAAAACCAGUUUAAAUCCCACGGAUUUCAAAUGAAAUCUCAGAAUAAUGAUCAAAUUAAAACUCACAUGCUCGAUGGAAAAAGAACCAAUGUGUUUGAGUCUAAAAACGCUGAUAAAAGCUAUCAGCAAUUUCAAUAUGGAUUACUACCCCAACAAUACAGUAGUAACAUGCAAAAUGCGCAGGACACAGAUAUCGAUAAAGCAUUCAAAGCAGCUGGUAUUUAUCUAAAUAAUCAGAAUAACGUAGGUGUACAAUCCAGAAGCUUUACACCCGAAAACGUCAGAUUCGACAGCGAUCCAAGAUAUUUUCAUCAUAGAUCGGAGGAAAUAAAUAAAAAUUCAGACAAUAUAAGACCAACAACAGACCAACGAUAUAAUGCAUUGUUUCAUGAACGUAAUAAUAAUUUUAACGUGGCCAAAAUGGCUACGAUUCCUACUUAUCGAGAACAAAAUAUUAAGCACAGAAUACCUAAGUUUUAUUCCAAUUUUACUUACAUGAACAAUAUCGGAAGCACAAACACAAAUUUUUCUGGAAAAUCGCUCGAAGUAGAAAACGGACAAUUCGUAACACUUCCACUGGAUGAAAAUAGUUGGAAGGUUAUAAAAAAGAAUAACAAUUCUUAUGAAUUAGAAAGAACUAUACCCGAUUCUAUUUCUAAAACGGCACCUUUUGCUUUUAACGCACAAAACAACGAUCAAUUCCAUCAACAAAGUUUUCAAAACUCACCUCCCAAUCACGGAAUAAGCCCAGAAUAUUUUGAUGUUAAAAGUGCGGUGUUUAACGGACAGCAAAUAAAAUUCCUCAACAACGACAUGGAUUUAAAUCCAUUGUACAAUUCUAAAGAAAUUUAUAAGAUACCAUCAGAUCGAAUUCGAAAACAGUUUCCAGAACUAAAAACUAACAAGCAAACCGAAGAAGCUCUUCUGUUUUCUGGAUUCAACAAUGGAGGCUGGAUUCCAAGUAAAACUGAUGAUAAUAAUCAAAAGGACAGAGAUUUGCAACAGUUCAGUGGUGCUGAAAAACGCGUCACGGAUGGAAAUUCUAAGAGUGAAUCCAAUUUGUCAAGAUUCACUGGCAAAAACAAAUUCAAUUACGAUAACAGCAUUAAUGCGCGUAUAAAAAACAAUAAUAAUGAAAAAAAUGGUGAGCUGAAGAACAAUAGUGACAAAAGUGAAAAGAAAAAUGUAUCUAAUAAUAGUGAAGUCGAUGGAGCUGAUCCAAAUGGAUUCGGCGGGGAAAGUUUUUGGUGA